UUUGCUCCAAAUGACAACAUUAACAGAAAAACUUGUCUCAAGUUUCGCCUUUUCUUACAUAUUUCUUGAACAAAACGUUUCAAAAACUUUCCACCAGCAUUUCUAACUCAUGGGACGGUGUCAUCGUUUUUAUAUUAUUUCUUGCUUUAUUAAUAACAAACGCAAAUUAUCCGCAGUCAACAAGAAACAGGCACGGUAGCAAAUAACAGAAAUGAAGAUGUUUUGGGAACUUAUUUCUGAUGAACACGGGAUUUCGCCAGAUGGGCACUACACAGGAAAAACUCCAAAUCAACUGGAUAGACUUAACGUUUAUUUUAACGAAACAGUGGAUGGCAGGUACAUUCCACGAGCAGCAUGCCUGGAUUUGGAACCAGGCUCAAUCGAUUCACUCCGCACUUCAAAGUACGGAAGACUCUUUAGCCCUGACAACUGCAUUUGUGGUCAGAGUAGUGCGGCGAACAAUUGGGCCAAAGGAUUUUAUACGGAAGGGUCUGAACUUCUAGAAGCAGGGAUGGACUGCAUACGAAAACUGGCGGAAUUUUGUGAUUGUGUGCAAGGUUUUCAAGUGGCUCAUUCUUUAGGAGGAGGGACAGGCUCUGGCCUCGGAUCGCUUUUAAUGUCAAAAAUUCGCGAAGAAUAUCCGGAUAGACUACUGAGUAGUUUUUGUGUGCUGCCCUCGCCAAGAGUGUCUGAGACAGUCACUGAGCCAUAUAAUGCUACGCUAAGCUUUCAUCAUCUUGUGGACAUUGCAGAUGCAGCGAUUUGUAUUGAUAACGAGGCUUUGUACCAUAUCUGUUCGAAUGUUUUAAAACUGAAGACGCCUACUUACAGUGAACUAAACAAACUAGUGGCCACGACCAUGGCAGGAGUCACGACCUCGCUGCGCUUUCCUGGUCAGCUAAACGCAGACCUUAGAAAACUCGCAGUAAAUAUGGUUCCGUUUCCAAGACUUCAUUUCUUCAUUCCCGCCCACGCACCACUCAUCAGCCGAUACUCUCAAAGCUACAGAUCAUACGGCAUCUCGGAACUUACUAGUAACAUGUUCGGACCUCAAAACAUGAUGGUAGCCUGUGAUCCGCGCCAGGGAAGGUACCUUACCGCUGCAGCUAUGUUCAGAGGCCAGCUCGCUAUGAGGGACGUAGAGGAAACCAUCUCCGCAAUGCAAAACGCAUAUUCGACUUCAUUUGUCGAUUGGAUUCCGAAUAACAUGAAAACAGCUGUGUGUAAUGUACCGCCCAAAGGACAAAAAACCUCCGCCACCUUUCUUUAUAACAGUACCGCCAUACAGGAAGCAUUCAAAAGAUUUACUGACCAGUUUUCUGCCAUGUUCAGAAGGAGAGCUUUCCUCCACUGGUACACGACGGAAGGCAUGGAUAUCAUGGAGUUCACCGAGGCUGACUCCAACAUGAACGAUCUUAUCGCCGAGUAUCAACAGUAUGAGGAAGCUGGACCAGAGGACAUCAUAUACGAUGACGGCGAAUAUGAAGAGCUAACAGAUUUCCCACGAGACUCACCCAAUAAUAUAUAAAUGAAAAGCAAAAGAUUUACUUUGAAGUACAAUUAUGUUCAUCUAUUUACUUACUUUAACUCUUUAACUUUAUCAUCAUUCAACUGAAUGAUUUGUGAGAGUUGCUAUAACAAGUAUAUAUGCUUAUAGUUCCAAGAUUAGCUUGAUUCUUUAUUAAAGAAUAUUAGGUUCUCAACAAGUAUUUUCCAGCUAACUUUGAUGAGAGUGAGUGAGGUACCUGCAUAAGUUGAGUUGAGGCUCUACUCAAGAUGUUUUUAUGAUUACUGUUUAUUAAAUUAUUACAACAAAUACUUUAAGUUUUACCGGUGAAACAAUCAGUUUUUUGUUUGAGUUAAUAAUACAACACAGAACAUUUUACAAAGUGUCUAAGUCAAGGGAUAUUUUCAUUUAUUCAUUGGAACAGGUCUUAAAGUAAAUGUAUUUUCUAUUUCAUUUAAAUUGGUGAGUUUUUUUUUAUGUUUGAUUACUCCAUUAAGGGCUAUGCUUAUUUUUGAAUGUAAAUAAUAUAGCAAUUCAUUUUGCAAUUUAAGUCAAUUAAAUUAAGCUGAUUUACUUGACUUAUGUCAGAUUAGGAUUUGAAGUACAUUUCUUUGUGAACAAUUAAAACUACUUAUGUAAGAAAUUAAUCCUUCAAGAAUUUUCAGUUAAAAUUGAAAUAAGUUUACUCAGGAUUAUUUCAAAAUUAAGGUAUCCUGAAGACGUAUUUUUUCCAAACUGAUAUUAGAAAGGUGUUCCUCUCUUGAUCAACAAAGCCAAAAACCCCAUUCUUAGUCAAACAUAACCAUAUAUUUAAAUAAUGAGGUAUUAAAUCAAUGACGUUACUUCAACAUUGCAAGAUAAAUAGGUAAAGGGGGAUCUUUCUGAAAUUUUAAAGAGAUUAAAAAAUAUUGAAUUAUUUAUAAAUAUACUUGAUUAUUUAACUUACAAAAGGGCUGAAAAUAAAGCUUAACCCCAAAAGA